GCAUGGUCCGCGCGUUUGGCGCUGUCCUGCUGGCAGUUCGCCUCGCGAGCUGCUCCGUGCGGAUGGAUUGCAAGCUGGCAGUGGUGGCUCGCAGCGACCUGCGCAUGUCCGCGGGCAAGCUCGCGGCACAGGUGGGGCACGCGGUGCACGACGCAGUCACAGAGUGCCCCAAGGGCAAGCUCGAGGCGUGGGAGGAGGACGGGUCCAUGAUCGUGGUGCUGCAAGUGGACUCCGAGGCGGCGCUGGCCGGGCUCACAGCGGCGGCCAAGAGCGCGCGCCUGCAGACUAGCGACGUGCGGGACGAAGGACGGCCGUCGAGGAUGAGACUUGGACCGUGCUGGCGAUUGGCCCGGAUGCCUCGGCCAAGGUGGAUUCAGUGA